CAUCCAUCAAAUCGAUCUUGGUCUGCUUACGAAAAAAAAACUACAAUGGAGGCACCGGGAUUUCGCUUCUACCCAACCGAGGAAGAGCUGGUUUCAUUCUACCUGCGCACCAAGCUGCAAGGGAACCGACACGACAUCAACCGUGUCAUCCCUGUCAUCGACAUUUAUGAACACGAGCCAUGGCACCUUCCAAAGCUUUCGGGGGAGGUGUGUCAUGGAGAGACCGAGCAAUGGUUCUUUUUCGCCCCGAGGCAAGAGAGGGAAGCCCGGGGAGGGAGACCUACCCGGACCACUGCUUCUGGAUUCUGGAAGGCCACUGGCUCACCGAGCUAUGUCUACUCGUCCUUCAACCGAGUGAUCGGAGUGAAGAAGACAAUGGUGUUCUACAAAGGGAAAGCUCCUUCCGGAAGAAAAACCAAAUGGAAGAUGAAUGAGUACAGAGCCAUUGAAGAAGAAUCUCCCUCUCAAUGUGGCACUACUGUCCCAAAGUUGAGGCAUGAAUUAAGUUUGUGCCGAGUUUAUGUCGUGUCGGGGAGCUUUCGAGCAUUCGAUCGACGCCCACUGGCGGCGGAGACGAGUGAAGCAAUAAACCAGCAGGAUCAUGGACAUGGGACUGUGAUGAAACCUUCCCAAGCCACUCGAACAAUCUCACCUGAAACUUCAUGGUCAGAAGAAAAACAUUUUGAACUUCCAGUGAACAAUUUGGGGGUUGUCAAUGGCUCAGAACCUCUAUGGGAGUUGGAAAAACUUGAUUGCCUUUUUAAGUAAAAAAAGAGUCCCACUCUUCUCCAGUUAACUUCUCCGGUUAACUGUUGUGAGAGAAACCGUGUGAUUGAGCUACAGUUUGGUACAAGUUUUUUGUUGUACACAGUUCCUCUCUAAUUAAUUGGCUUUCAGUUGUUGGUCCCGUGAUUUGUCUCACAACUGUUAACCGGAGAAGAGAGGAGUCGUGUACAAUUAAAAACUUGCAUCAAACUCUAGCUCAAUCAUACACCAAGCUAAAACUGUGGAGUAACUUCAAGAAGCUGGCAUAGUUAGAUUUACCAAGAAAACUAGGAAGAAUGUAUUUGUAGUUUUGUAUAUUAGGAAAGAAAUGGGUGUAAUUUUUUUUUUGUAACGUGUAAAAUUGGUUUAUUUUUGUUUAGAAUGUGUAAUUGAUCUACAUGAAUAAACUCUUGAAAAGAAAAUGAUGGAUUUUUAUGUUUUGAGGUUU